AUGAUGCGCUCGCCAGCCAGUCCCACGACGGCCGGCGGCGAUGUUUCGAUCGUCGGGUCCAGCGGCGGCCUAUCAAGAAACGCCAUCGCGCUCAAAGUGAGCAAGAUACUCUCGACAGCCUAUGAGGAUUCAGCUGCUAUUGCUGCUCUCGACACCCUCGCACAAUGUCAGCUUGCCCCGAGUACACUCUCUGCAAGCAACGCUACGAACGAUACGCCUGCUCAGACUCGGACGGGACAGCUCAGCUUGCGGCGAGAGGUCGAGCGACGGAUGCAGCUCGAGAGCAAGAAGUUCUUGGAAGCGUUUGCUCAGGUCAACAGCGAUCUCUCAUCGUUGCAAAGUCACGUCGACGAGAUGCAUUCUGCCUGCAGUGACGUCGAGCAACGAUUGAAAUCUGCCCAUGACAGCACGCGCCACUUGCUCGAGCAUGCGGAUGGUCUGCGUCAGCAAAGGACCAUCACAACACAGCGACAACUGCUAGCGGAUGUCUUCACGGCGCGCUUCACCCUCGAUGACGACGAGCUCAGGCUGCUCAACUCUCGCGAAGUUAACGUCGGUCCUUCGCUCUUUGCCGUCAUGGACAAGGUCGAGAGGAUCCGUCAAGACUGUCGCGUCCUCAUGGGCGGCGAGUCGGGCACGUCCAGCCAAGCAGGUCUUGACAUUAUGGCUUCGUCUUCCCAGUACCUCGAGACGGCCUAUCAGAAGAUCUACAAAUGGUGCGCUUUCCAAGUGCGCGGCUAUGCUUCCGAUGUGCUCGAAGUCUCGCCGAGGAUGAAAGAUGCAAUCCGACGGUUGAAAGCGCGACCGGAUCUGCUCAGCGAGAUAACGGACCUUCUCGGCCAAUCUCGCUCGACGACGGUGCUCAACGCGUUCCUGGCCGCUCUGACCAGAGGAGGGCUGAACGGGUUGCCCCGGCCGAUAGAGAUGCAUGCGCACGAUCCCAUACGUUACGUGGGCGACAUGCUUGCAUGGGUCCAUCAGGCCACGGCAGGCGAGCGAGAAUUUCUCGACUCGCUGUUUGAUACAAAGUCGGACGGCCGCAAGACUGGCCAAGCGCGAGGCGAGCUCAAACCGGACGAUGAACGCGGUCUUGAUGAAGUGAGGAUACGCAAUUUGCUCGAUCGAUGUCUGGAAGGCUGCGGUCGUCCGCUGCGGUUACGGAUCAAGCAGACGGUGGACUCACAAAAGGGCAGCAUACCUGCCUAUCAGAUCGCCAACCUCAUCACUUUCUAUAAGAUUACUAUGGAUCGCACCAUAGGAGCAGACGCACUGCUGAGCAAAACCCUGACUGACAUCAAUACGGAGGCAUACGAGUCUUUCUUCGAGACUGUCGACACGCAGGGUCGCAGUCUGUUGCGCUUCAUACAGCCACCUAGCAUCGAUCUCUCGCCGCCUCUGUCGCUCAGGGAUACACUCGUCACGCUCAGAGAGAUCAUGCAAGUGUACGACUCUUCACUCGUCGACGAGCAAGAUCGCGAGAACGAGUUCAGAGACGUACUGGACGCUGCGCUCGAUCCUGCAUUGAUGAUGUGCAAGGAGAUGGGCGAGAUGCGACCACAGCCAUGGGAUCGUGCUAUCUUCGGUCUCAACUGCAUCGGUCUUGUCAAAGAGAGCCUCGAGCCGUUCAGUUUCACGUCGGAGCGCAUCGCUUCCCUCACAAAAGAUCAAGACAAGUUUGUCGACAUCUUGAUUGACGAGCACUUCACCGGUCUUCUCAAGGACAGUGGUCUCACUGUGCCACACAAAGCAGUCGUGGACAGCUCGGAGGCCUCACUGGCGAAGCGCUGUCCUGCCAGCGCGCUCAUCACGGCCGCCAAAGUAUUCGACGCAUUCCUGACCCAGCUCGAUACGCUGAGCUCGAACCGGCUUGCGCUACUCUCGUCGAACCUAUUGGCGUCACAGAUCCACCGGCAGGCGCUCGUCAAGCUUGCCGAGGCUUACAAACAAAUCUGGCUCGCCGUCCGAGAAGCAGACAGCGGGUUCGAGGAUACGACGACUCUGCUGACGAGAAGUCCAGAGGACGCUGCCAAUGUAUUGGGCGUGUAG